GCAGGACUCACUUUCACUCGUGAAAUAGCAAAGGGAUAUUGGCUGGAGGCUCGAAGCUAACACACACUCAUGAGUAAGCAAAUCUAAACUGUUUGCUGAUCUGAAAGGGGAUUAGAGACUGGGAGAACAGCGGAAGAUCUUCUCUCAUCCUUCCCCAAUAUCUCAUAAAAUUACGCAGAUUUACGGUGCAUUUCUCUCUCUACAGUGGGAGUGUUUUCAUGCAGCAUUAGCCCAACAGUUCUUUUGUCACAGUGCGACCACCUGCGCUUGAAAAUAGGCAAAGGCGGUGGCUGUCCAAGCGUGCGGACCUGAAAAAAGCUGAGACUCUGUGCAUCUGUGCGCAGCUACUCCCCCAGAAACCUAACAGCCCCCCGCCUGCAAGGCAUGUCGACCGCCGGGGAAGUACCAGCCUUCUUCAAGAGCAUGGGCUCCGACAGCCCCGCCAGGCCGAGGCAGAAAUUCUGUGGCAUGUUCUGCCCGGUGGAAGGCUCCUCGGACAGCAAGACGCUGGACUUUAAUGCGCUCUCGGGGUGCAGGAGCAAGAGUGACGGGCGAGUCAUUGACCGGCAGACCGACAUCUCCCAGCCGAGGAAGGUGGUGAUCCGGGAGAGCACAGGGAAAGAAGCUCUGCAGAACCUGGAUGAUAAAAAGAGUGAUCGUCUCCUGAUCAAAGGAGGAAAGAUCGUGAACGAUGACCAGUCCUUCUGUGCUGACAUCUACAUGGAAGACGGGGUCAUCAAACAAAUUGGGGAAAAUCUCAUUGUGCCCGGCGGGGUGAAAACCAUCGACGCCCACGGCCGCAUGUUGAUGCCGGGCGGCAUCGACGUGCACACGCGUUUCCAGAUGCCCGAUCGAGGCAUGGUGUCCGCCGAUGACUUCUACCAGGGCACCAAGGCUGCUCUGGCCGGAGGCAGCACCAUGAUCAUUGACCACGUGGUUCCUGAGCCUGGUGUUAGCCUCAUCACGGCCUUCGAGCAGUGGCGUGAAUGGGCCGACAGCAAGUCGUGCUGCGACUACUCGCUGCACGUCGACAUCACCGAGUGGCACAAAGGCAUCCAGGAAGACAUGGAGGCGCUGGUCAAGGAUCACGGGGUCAACUCUUUCCUGGUCUACCUGGCUUAUAAGGAUGUUUUCCAGCUCACGGACGCUCAGGUGUACGAGGUGUUCAGUGUGAUCCGCGAUCUGGGAGCCAUCGCCCAGGUACACGCUGAGAACGGAGACAUCAUAGCUGAGGAGCAGCACAGGAUCCUGGAGCAGGGGAUCACAGGGCCUGAGGGACACACGUUGAGCCGUCCUGAGGAGGUGGAGGCGGAGGCUGUAAACCGCUCGGUGACUGUGGCCAAUCAGACCAACUGCCCUCUCUAUGUCACCAAGGUGAUGAGCAAGAGUGCUGCUGAUGUCAUCGCCCAGGCCAGGAAGAAGGGCACUGUGGUCUACGGAGAGCCAAUCACUGCAAGCCUGGGAACAGACGGCUCUCAUUAUUGGAGCAAGAACUGGGCCAAGGCAGCUGCCUACGUCACCUCCCCUGCUCUGAGCCCAGACCCAACCACACCAGACUAUCUCAACUCCCUGCUCUCCUGUGGUGACCUGCAGGUGACAGGAAGUGCACACUGUCCCUUCAACACUUCCCAGCGUGCUGUGGGCAAAGACGACUUCAGCUUGAUUCCUGAAGGCGUCAACGGGACUGAGGAGAGGAUGUCUAUCAUCUGGGACAAGUGUGUGGUGACCGGUAAGAUGGACGAAAACCAGUUUGUGGCAGUGACCAGCACCAACGCCGCCAAGAUCUUCAACCUGUACCCGCGCAAGGGUCGCAUUGCUGUCGGUUCAGACGCCGACCUGGUGCUGUGGGACCCGGACGUCACGAAGAUUAUCUCUGCCAAGAGCCACAACUCGACUGUGGAGUACAACAUCUUUGAAGGCACAGAGGUGCGCGGUGGGCCUCUGGUGGUGAUCAGCCAGGGCAAGAUCGUCCUGGAGGAGGGGACCCUCCACGCCACGGAGGGCUCGGGACGCUACGUGGCUCGCAAACCUUUCCCGGACUACGUCUACAAGAGGAUAAAAGCUCGCAGCAGGCUGGCUGAGCUGAGGGGUGUACCCAGAGGACUGUACGACGGCCCGGUCUGCGAGGUGUCUGUUUCAGUCACCCCAAAAACCAUGACCCCUGCCUCCUCUGCCAAGACCUCACCCGCCAAGCAGGCCAACCAGCCCGUCCGUAACCUGCACCAGUCUGGUUUCAGUCUAUCUGGGGCUCAGAUUGACGACAACAUUCCUCGCCGGAACACCCAGCGUAUCGUGGCGCCGCCAGGCGGCAGGGCCAACAUCACCAGCCUGGGUUAGAGCUCCGCCCUCGGCCGCCGGGGGGGGGGACAAAGAUGGGUGGACGGCCGGCCGGCCAACAGGAGCUGAAGGGUGGAGAAACCACGUCGCCACACCAGGAGCAGAAACCCUUCGCAGCAUCUGACCGGGCCAUCCAUCUGUCUCCGGCUUUCACCUCCUCCUUCGCCGCCUCUCACCUCGCCCCUCUCCUCCUCCCCAAAACCCCACCCUAAAGGACACCGUUAGAAAAAAGAGAAAAAAAAGGGUCUGCCUCGUAUGAUAAAAAAAAAAGAAAAAAAACAAAACACUCCUUAUUUGAGCACUUUUGACUGCAUUAUUUUUUUUAUACAGUACUUUGUCCCUGCCAUAUAUCCUUUUGAUGUUUGUUUUACUGAUGUUUUAAUAGAGGGAUCAAGUGGGACUAGAUUCAAUCACCACAUUUAAAAGAAGAGGAACAUUUUCAUGCAGGAUGCCUAUUGCAUUUCCAUUCUUCCUUUUCCUUUUGGGGGAGUAGUUUAAAUGGCGCAUGGGUACAAAACCAGUGUUGUUACCUUCUUGUCUUGCUUUUCUUAAAAGGCCAGUUUAUAGGUUGCUUUAAGUUGAACUGUGUUACAGUUUAUUUGGCAGACAAGAAUAGAACACUUCUUUCAAGCUGUGAUUUAAAUUGUGAUGCAUUUCAGCUACUUCACUUUCCAGUGUAUCGCCUUCCGUCACACACUGCUGUAAUCAAUAUACAAUUGAUUAUUCGCCAUGAGGACGGCCUUAAGGUUUGAAAAAAAAUGGAACAACACCGCAAUCUUUUAUUAGGGUUUUAGACUGGCUCUCGUCUCGUUUUCCCACCUGUGGCUUUGCUGAAGUACAUAAGUUGAAAACUAUAUUCCAUAUUUGGCAGCUCCCUUAGAGCUUGAUUAGCACUUUGGCAGGUAGUAAAUAGAGUGUAAUGCCUCAUCUCUGAGUGAUAGGCCUUAGUUAAGUAGGAGAGUUGAAGAAAAGAUCUAGGGAGGAAAGAGAAAGUUGUCCUCACCCUUUCCUUGCCUUGCUGUCUCUAAAUGCCGUCCUGUUAGAGAGGCGCGGGGAAGGUGCCAUUCACUCUGCGGCUACAUAUUUUCCGGUGUUGUUUGCCUUCCUGUGAAUCAUAAAGGUCCAUAAAGGUUUUCGAUUGACGGCUGUUAACUGAUAACCGUCCCAUCACCAACCAGUGCUUUUACUUACAGAAUGUUUCUCCUCCUCCAAAUGUGACUGUUUUAUACUCAUCAAAAUCCCUCUUUCUUUUCUACUCCUUAUGUGCCUGAACCCACAGAAGUUGUACUGAUAAUUUGGUUUGGUCUCGUUUUGUUAUUCUUAUUGAGGUAAGUGAAGGAUGUAAGAUUAAAAAAAAAAGAGAGGAA